CUACCUAGUACAUAUUUGACAUUGAUUCAAAUUUGACUUCCAUUGUAAAAAUAUUUGCCGAUUUAAUUUAUAAAAUAUAUUAAAAAAGAGCAAGUAUACAUUGUACAUUGAUUUUGAUAAUAAGGAUUUGCAGUUUAAGCUUAUAUUGCAGGUAAUCUCAAGUGUAAUAGUGCAAUCGAACAAGAUGUUGAUUCACAGCAUCGCACAAAGAUUUAAUAAGCAAAUUGUAGUCUCAUUGAACAACUGCUUUUCCCCUUUAUUAUCAAUUAGACACAAAAACACUAAAACUGAUGUCAAUGAGCACAGAGCCAAGGUCAUGGGGCGCGGGUUACCUGAGAAGAAACCACUGCAAGGUGUCAAGAACAUUAUAUUAGUUGCAUCUGGCAAAGGAGGAGUAGGAAAAACUACCACUGCAGUUAACCUAGCAUGUGCAAUGAAGGUCAUAGAACCAGAUAAAGAAAUAGGGCUGCUCGAUGCAGACGUAUUUGGGCCGUCUGUACCUCUCAUGAUGAACAUCACCGGAGAGCCCAUGUUGAAUGAUGACCAUCUCAUUGAACCUAUACUAAAUUAUGGUGUCAAAUGCAUGUCCAUGGGGUUACUAGUAUCGGGCGAGAAUGCAGUAGUGUGGCGUGGCCUGAUGGUGAUGCAAGCAUUAGAACGGCUGACAAGGCAUGUAGCGUGGGGCCCGCUGGACUGCCUGGUGGUGGACACGCCUCCUGGCACGGGAGACACGCAUUUGUCACUGGCGCAGAACCUGCCCAUUGAUGGUGCUCUAGUAGUCACUACUCCCCAAUCGGCCGCCUUACAAGUCACCAAACGAGGCGUGAACAUGUUCGAGAAACUAAAGGUUCCUAUCAUCGGCAUGGUCGAGAACAUGUCCCACUCAAUAUGCACGCAAUGCGGCACCAUCAACCAUAUAUUCGGCAAAGAGACUAAGGAAACCGCUAGACAAAUGGGCUUAGAAGUCAUUGAAAGCUUCGAGGUGGACCAAAACAUGUCGGAUUGCAUCAAUAGUGGGAAACCAGCAAUAUAUGCUCUACCAGAUAGCAUACACGCUGAGAAAUACAGGCAGCUGGCGAACAAAGUUUUUAGGUAUAUAGACGAUAAGGAAAAGGAGCGGGUGAAGAUAACUGAAUAGUAGUAGUGCAAGGUUAGUUUUUUUUUUUUUUACAAAUGUUUACCAAUAAACUAAUGUUACAGAA